UCGCCAUCCCAAACAAUCGCCUCGUCCCUCCGUCAAAGGGAAGGAAAGCAGGGCCAGGGAGAGAGGGAACCAAGCCCGCCUAUUGGCCACCACCCUUUUCCUUUCCUUUCUAUUUUUGUCUAUAAAAUAGUAGACUUGAUAGGAAAGGCACCACCACCCACCACUUAGGCCAAAGCCAAAUACAGAAAGAGGCUCAAACUCCAGUUGUCUUCCCGGAAAUUAAGGAGGGAGGAGAAGAAAUAUGGGGAGGGGAAAGAUUGUGAUCCGGAGGAUUGACAACUCCACCAGCCGCCAGGUGACGUUCUCGAAGCGGAGGAACGGGCUAUUGAAGAAGGCCAAGGAGCUCGCCAUCCUUUGCGAUGCCGAGGUCGGCCUCAUGGUCUUCUCCAGCACCGGCAGGCUUUACGAUUUUGCCAGCACCAGCAUGAAGUCAGUGAUAGAACGCUACAACAAGACCCGAGAGGAGCAUCAUCUAGUUAUGAAUGCUAGUUCAGAGGCUAAGUUCUGGCAAAGGGAGGCAGCAAGCUUGAGGCAGCAACUGCAUAACUUGCAAGAAAGUCAUAGGCAGUUGUUGGGAGAAGAGCUUUCUGGCCUAAGUGUCAAAGAUCUACAAAAUCUAGAGAACCAACUUGAAAUGAGCUUACGUGGUAUCCGAAUGAAGAAGGACCAACUUUUGAUCGAUGAAAUUCAAGAUCUAAACCGAAAGGGGAUCCUUAUUCACGAAGAAAAUAUGGAACUAUACAAGAAGGUAAACCUCAUUCGUCAAGAAAACAUGGAAUUACAGAAGAAGGUACUGAAUAAGAGAACGAAUAGACUUGAUACAUCCAUACAGAGACUUCUGUAAUGAAAUCCUUUCGACCAUGGUAAAUUAUGUAAGUUGCAGGUAUAGCACAAGCUAAGCAUUAAAUCUUGCAUCUCAGGUUUAUGCAACAAGGGGCGUAAAUGGCAUUGAUAAAGGUCCAAUUACUCCAUAUGGUUUUAAUGCCACAGAGGAUGUAAAUAUACCCAUUCAUCUCGAACUAAGCCAGCCACAAUUGCAAACAGAUGGAGCGCAAGCAGCAGCACCAAAGCCAGGGUAAUUUUUCUUUCCUAAACUCAAACUGAAUAAUAUUUUUUAAUUACUAGUUUAAUCAUAGAAUAUUUCGCUGAAUGUUGCAGCCGACUUCAAUUGCAUAGACAAGACGAUGCACAAAUCAUGGGUUGUUCCUUGUGAUCUUUUGUCAGUGUAGUUCUAAGGAUCACCACAGCAUGUUAUUAAUGAUAACCUGUGGUGUACAAGGAAGAUAAGGAUCUACUUCCCAAAAAUGGUGUAAAAUAAUCAGAAUAACUAAUUACUCUGUAAAUCUGUGUUACUAUAAAAAGGUGAUGACUGCGCCAGGAAUUUCAGUUUAAGAGCUUCAAACAGCAAUCAUUUGCCUAUUUAGAAGUGUAUUACCAUGUUUUAAGUUA